AUGGCCAAGGGCCUCCUGAUGACUUACGCCCUCUGGGCUGUAGGGGGCCCUGCUGGUCUCCACCACCUAUACCUGGGACGGGACAGCCAUGCACUGCUCUGGAUGCUUACCUUGGGGGGUGGUGGUCUAGGCUGGCUCUGGGAAUUCUGGUUGCUCCCAAGCUUUGUUGCUCAGGCCAACAGAGCCCAGGAGCAGAGGCAGGGCUCAGGAAGGGGGACACCCCCUCUAAGUCUCAUUCGCUUUGUUGCCCAGAUGAUAGUGGGCAUGUAUUUUGGCCUUGUGGCUCUCAUUAGCCUUUCCUUCAUGGCCAGCUUCUAUAUUGUGGGCCUGCCACUGGCAGUUGGCUUAGGGGUCUUGCUGGUGGCUGCCAUUGGCAACCAGACAUCAGACCUAAAGAACACUCUAGGGGCAGCAUUUCUUACUUCACCUAUCUUCUAUGGCCUCCCCAUAGCCAUCCUGCCCAUCAGCUUGGCUGCCAGCCUCACAGCCCAGAAGCAUCGCCGCUACAAACCUUCAGCUGGGUCAGAGACGCUCAGCGUGCGGCUCUACCGCCUGGGCUUGGCUUACCUUGCUUUCACAGGCCCGUUAGUGUUUAGUGCCCUCUGCAACACAGCUGUCACCCUCAGCUAUGUGGCAGAUACCCUUGGCUCCUUCCUGAGUUGGUUCAGCUUCUUCCCCCUCCUUGGGCGCCUUUUGGAGUCUGUCCUCCUUCUGCCUUUCCGAGCCUGGAAGCUGCUGGUCGGAGAUCAUGGCAUCAGCAGCAGCUACUUCCAAGAGUGGGAGAAGCUCUGUGAGUUUGUUCACAGUUUUCGGGAUGAGAAGCGUCAGCUGGCUCUCCAGGUUUUUGGUCUCUCAGAGGGGGCAACAAAUGAAGAAAUACAUGGCAGAUUCCGGGAGCUUGUGAAGACCUGGCACCCUGACCACAAUCGGCACCAGAUGGAGGAAGCUCAGAGGCACUUCCUGGAGAUCCAGGCUGCAUAUGAAGUCCUGAGGCAGCCCAGGAAGCCCAGGGGAUCCUGGAGGUGGGAAGAAACUUCCCUUUGA